GAUAUAUGGGGAAACACCCCCCUGCACCUGUCUGCUGCCAAUGGGCACCUGAACUGCCUCUCCUUUCUGGUAUCUUUCGGAGCCAACAUUUGGUGCCUGGACAAUGAUUAUCAUACUCCCUUGGAUAUGGCGGCCACCAAAGGUCACAUGGAAUGUGUGCGCUAUCUGGAUUCUAUUGCAGCCAAGCAGAGCAGUCUGAACCCAAAGCUGGUAGCAAAGCUGAAAGAGAGGGCGUUUCGUGAAGCCGAAAGACGUAUCCGGGAUUGCGCCAAGUUGCAGCGCAAGCACCACGAGCGUAUGGAAAGACGUUACAGGAAAGAAAUGUCGGACCACUCGGAUACCAUGAGCUUCUCCAGCUUCUCCAGUUCUGUGAGCCAGCGCUUCCCCAGUGCCACACUACUCGCCACCAUGCCAUACUCCAAUGUUGCGGGCACCGCCAAGAACAAAACUAAAAUGCAGAAGAAACUAGAGAAGAGGAAACAGCCUGAUGGUACCUUCAAAAUAUAUGAAGAUGGCAGAAAGAGUGUACGCUCACUGUCAGGACUUCAGCUUGGCAAUGAUGUAAUGUUUGUCAAACAAGGAACUUACGCAAGCCCCCGGGAACGUGGACGCCAACAUUUGCGAGAUAUGUUCCUCACAGAGGACGAUUCAAUGUCUCGGGCUGUUAGCGACCCUGGAUUGCAUUUGGACUCAGCCCACUCUGAGGUUAGCACAGACUCUGGUCAUGACUCUUUGUUUACUCGGCCAGGUCUUGGUACCAUGGUGUUCAGGAGGAACUAUCUGAGCAGUGGGCUGUUUGGUAUGGGGAGGGAUGAGGGAAACAGUGUUCAGGGUGUGGAGGAUAACGAAGUAAAAUUGCGCAGCCGUCUGAAACGUUCAACAAGUCUUGAUGAUAGCAUUGGCAGUGCAGGCAGCUUGGAGGUACGGAAUGAGCAGGAACUACCCUGGGAGGAGGGGGACUUGGGGUUGGAUGAUGGAGAGGAACCAGACACCAGUCCCUUGGAAACCUUUCUGGCUUCUCUGCAGAUGUCUGAGUUUGUUUCCCUCCUACAAGAUGAGAAAAUUGAUCUUGCAGCCUUGACACUCUGCUCUGACCAUGACCUCAAAAGUAUUCGCAUCCCACUCGGACCUCGAAAAAAAAUCCUUGAUGGAAUCCAGAAGAGGAAGCAGGCAAUGGAAAGACCCUCAACCAUGGGUGACACUGAGCUGUGA